UGUAAAAUGGCACAAAGAUGAUAAAUAAAGUUGCCGCUGUGUCCCUGUCAGUGCUGUUGACAGUGUCGCAUUUAAAGCAAUAAUGGUCAAUUACUGUGUCCUUCCUUUACUACGGACGCUGCACAAAUAAUAAGUUUUCUUUGUGUGGCAGUAGUGAGCUGACGUCAGGUCGGUUCCUUGAAGUGGAGCUGAAUAAACCUUGAGGAGAGUCUCCUUCAAUCUGCUGUUAGUAACUAACACACACACACUCACACACCGAGACUCAAUUACUGCCCAAUUCCCUUCUUUAUCAUUCGUCCCCGACCUCUUUCAUAACCAAAAGCGACCAAGGAAAAAAAAGAGUCGAGAAGAAGAGCAAACCGAAGUGUUAGUUGAGCUAAAAACCCACGCUGGAAAUAAGUAAAGUGUCGAAACAGAAAAAAAGGUGUUACAGCAGUUAUGUCAAAGAGCUGAAGACAUCUCUAACAAUAUGGAGUCUGGAGAGCGGCUGGCCUCCCCUGCGCCCACCCUGUCUGCUGCUCGCACCUCCUCCCCUGCGGCCUCUUCCUCAUCUUCGUCCUCCUCUUCCUCCUCCUCGUCGUCGCCCGCUCCCCACUCUAAGAGCAGCCUGGCCCCGAGCCCAUCGGCGCUGGGAUCCCCCCUUAACACGUCUGGCCGUCUGUUUGGAGAGCAGCCCUUCAUCGGCUCCACAUUGUCAAGUGCCUUCCCUCUGGUCAACCAUCCAGCCUUUGGAGCCCUCUACACUGCCGGAGCAGGCAGACCUGAGUUUGGAGGCCUGGGCUCCCUUGGGAUGUCAGCUGCUCUCGCUGCCCACCCCCAGCUAGGAGCCUUGUCUGAGUGGUGGCGAGCUGCUGAAGCCCAUGGACGGGGAGCUCCUGCCUUUCUCCCCUCUUUCAUCGGCUUCCCUCCCUUCUUUGCCCCCCACAUUCAGCCCAAUCACAACGCUAGUCCAGCUCAGAUUAGGAUGUCCGUCAAGAAUAACCAUGCCCCCUCUAAAGGAGUGAAUGGCGCGGUGAACGGCAGCGGCUCCUGUCCUCCCACCUCACAAACAGGAAGUUUUUCUGCCAGUGCAGCUCCCGUUCAGACACCAACAAAACCCACCAAAAACUCUGAGCCCUCCAAAAGCCACUGUAGCAGCCCCCAGAACAAGCCAGCAGAGUUAGCGGGAAAGACGCUUCAAAAGCCUAAAGAGAAGAAGCCGAGAAAGAAGACGACAGACACUUCCUUGGCCAGCAACAGUGAAUCAGGCACAUCCUCAGACACCUCCAGCGAUGGCUCCCUCAGCAGCGAUUUAGAAGACUUAGCAGAGGAUGACGAGGAUGAUGACGACGAUGAUGAUGAUGAAGAAGAGGACAAACAGAGCGAACUGUCAGACUCUGAGAAGCGGACGAAGAAGAAAUCAAAGGCUUUGAUAUCAAACACUGGAGCUGCAAAGAGCAACAGGCUGCUUUGUAUGGAAGCUCAGGACAAGAAGGACAGUCAAAAGAUGCCCUCCAACCCCCCAGCGCUAGUGCCAUUAUCCUGCUCCGUUUCCCCGCCCACCCUGUCCCAAGCCUCGCCGCUUGGGCUGCAGAGCUCCACGUCUCGGACUGAGGGCCCACAGCAACACUUCAGCGUGAUCCAGUCUACGGGUCUGGCCGCCAACCCGAAGCCUCUGGCGCUCCUCGCUCAGUCCCGCAGGGAGCCUUCGCCGUCUUCCUCUCCCAUAGCGCUCACCACCUCUCCGAAGGCGCCCUCCAGCAACGCCUCUCCGAAACCUCCCAAACUGCUGCCCUCCUCCUCCCCUCAGCAUCUGCCCCUCUCCCUCUGCUCCUCCCCAAAGCCUCUUUCUGUCCCGUCUCCACCGCGCUCAACCCUCCUGGCAUCUACCUCCCCAAAACCGUUUGUUUUGACCUCGUCAUUAACAGGCUCCCAGAGGUCCUCAUCCAAGCAGCCAAAGCCGGAUACUCCAGGCACAGCGAAAUCCAACAAAAGGAAACUCCUGGAAGCUUCCCUCGCGCAGAUCACGGAGUUUAGGCUCAAACAGACUCUCAUGUCCCAAGGGCAGACGUUCCCAGCUGAGCAAAAGAAGCAGCAGCAGAGGCCAAACAAAUCUCCCAAGAGGACAUUGCUGUCCUCACCACCAGUGCAACCUCUUCCGCCGCCUCCCCCCCAGAAUAAUCACUCCAACCUCUUCCUCUCGAGUGCCCUGCUCGGGCUCCCCGAACCCCAUCACCCCAAUGGAGUCAUCCAAAGCACCACUCAGGACGCACCUCUGGCCCUCAUCACCAAACCUCGCAAAGACUCUGCCUCUCAAGGCAAAUCCCCCCCGAGUGACCUGGACGCCGGCUCCAUGCCCGUCAAUCUCAGCACGGGGGCGAGCAGGGCCCCGGCGGCCGCCCAAGCCGGGCCUCCUCCACAGCCUCCCACUACCUCACCCCAUGCCACGGGCCAUGGGUCCAGAAAGAACAAGACCCUGAAGGGUAAGGGACAGACACCAGGGCUGGGACAGACUGACCUGCUAGCUGCCUGGAAAGGCUUUUCUCAGAACCACCCAGUGCAGUCUCUGGUAGACUUGUUUCGAGGAAGAGAGUCUGCCAUCGGCAUGUCUGGGGUUAGCAUCCCUGGGGUAGGAAUCCCCGGUGUGGGAAUCCCUGGGACGUGUAACCCCACAGCUGGUCUUCCCGCCAACAAGGAAUCUGACGACUCAGGAGAUGAUGAUGAUGAUGAUGAGGAUGACCUGGAGGAGGAGGAUGAAGAGGACUCCGAUGAGAGUCUGUCAGAGUCCGACAGCAACUCAGACAGCGACAUCUCUGGGAAGAAAGGGAAGGAAUUAAAGCAGCUACCAUCAGGAUCAUCUAAGAAGGAGAUGACUCCACGCAGGCUUACCAAAGGUCUAGAACUACUGAACUCCUCAACCAAUCACACCACCACCACCACCAGCAGCUGCUCCCCUCUCAACCUACAGGUCAUCAAGAGUCCCAGUAUCGCCACCAGCUCCAGUGCCUUGACCUAUCACAGCUCUCCAGGCUCUUCCUCUUAUAGCUUAGCCUCUUCAUUAGGGUUAGGAAAGAGAAAGAGAGUGACAGAUGAGAAGGAGUUAAUGUCUCCUCUGGAGUUGGGAUGGCGAAGAGAAACAAGAAUCAAAACAGUGGCAGGGCGCCCACAGGGUGAGGUGGCCUACUACGCACCCUGUGGCAAGAAACUGAGGCAGUACCCUGAUGUGAUGAAGUAUCUAGCCAGAAAUGGAAUAAGUGGCAUCACGCGUGAUAAUUUUAGCUUCAGUGCAAAGAUAAGGGUUGGUGACUUCUAUGAAGCCAGAGAAGGACCCCAGGGUUUACAGUGGAGCCUGCUGAAGGAAGAGGAGAUCAUUCCUCGUAUUUUGGCAAUGGAGGGCCGUAGGGGUCGCCCCCCAAAUUCAGAGCGGCAGCUCGCAGGCGAUGGUGCCAAAGGUAACCGAAGGAGGAAGGGACGACCCCCUAAUGUGGGUGAUCCACUUGCACCCGAGGGCCCAAGUCCUAGUGAAAUCAAACUUCUGCGCAAAAUAGAGGCUCAAGGUUGGCAACAAAUCGCCCGACAGGCAGCCCAGAUGAAACUGAUGAGGAAACUGGAAAAGCAGGCUCUGGCACGUGCAGCCAAAGAAGCUCGCAAGCAGCAAGCUAUCAUGGCAGCAGAGGAGAGGAGAAAGCAGAAGGAGCAGAUCAAGAUCCUCAAGCAGCAGGAAAAAAUCAAGCGCAUUCAGCAGAUUCGGAUGGAAAAGGAACUGAGAGCACAGCAAAUUUUGGAGGCCAAAAGGAAAAAGAAGGAAGAAGCUGCUAACGCCAAAAUCCUGGAGGCUGAAAAACGCUUGAAGGAGAAGGAGUUAAGGAGACAGCAGGCGGAGAUCCUUAAACACCAGGAGUUGGAGAGGCAUAGACUAGAUAUGGUAUGGGAGAGGGAAAGGAGGAGGCAACAUGUAAUGCUAAUGAAGGCUGUUGAGGCUCGCAAGAAAGCAGAGGAGCGCGAACGCUUGCGGCAGGAGAAAAGAGACGAGAAGCGAUUGAACAAAGAGCGUAAACUGGAGCAACGCCGACUGGAACUGGAGAUAGCGAGGGAACUGAAGAAGCCAAAUGAAGACAUGUGUCUGUCUGACCAUAAGGCUCUCCCGGAGUUUUCUCGGAUUCCCGGUCUCAUCCUACCAGGGCGUGCCGUGUCCAACUGCCUGAUGCUCAUGCACUUCCUGCGAGGUUUCGGGAAGGUUUUAGGCCUGGACAUGAAUGUGGAUGUGCCCACCCUGGGUAUGCUGCAGGAGGGUUUGCUCAAUGUGGGGGACAGCAUGGGCCAAGUCCAAGACCUUCUAGUCAAGCUGCUUUCUCUGGCGGUCUGUGAUCCUGGCCUGCCACCUGGGCAAAAGACCAAAACCAUGCUUGGGGACCACCUGACCAACGUGGGCAUCAACAGGGAUAAUGUAUCUGAGGUGCUACAGAUGUACAUGGGAGCCCAUUGUGGCAACACAGACCUGGCUCCUUUGGCCCUCAGUCUGAAGACCAAAGCCUUCCAGGCUCACACGCCCGCUCAGAAGGCCUCCAUCCUGGGCUUCUUGGCAAACGAGCUGGCCUGUAGCAAAGCUGUUAUCAGUGAGAUUGACAAGAACCUGGAUCAGAUGGCAAACCUUAGGAAAGACAAGAUCAUCAUGGAGGGCAAACUAAAGAAGCUGAGGACCAUCUACGCCAAACGAACGGGGAAACGGGAGGCCAACAUGAGCGUAGAAGAGAGCCAGUCUGUUUGCACCCCGUCCUCUGCAGCUAAACGCAAAAGGAAACUGGGCGGAGACAGUGACGACGAUGACGACGACGACGAUGACAGCGACGACCAAGCAGAGGACGACGAAGAUGAUGAGGAGGAUGAGAUAAAAAAGGUCAGAAGGGUGGAGACAUAUGAUGAGGAUGAAGUUGACCAGGCCACCAGUGUCGAGGAGUUGGAGAAGCAAAUAGAGAAAUUAGCAAAGCAACACCAUCAGACCAGAAGAAAGCUCUUUGAGAUAUCCCAUUCUCUUCGCUCCAUGAUGUACGGGCAGGACCGUUACCGCCGCCGGUACUGGGUGCUGCCCCACUGUGGAGGAGUCUUUAUUGAGGCCAUGGAGAGUGGAGAAGCUCUAGAAGAACUCGAGGAGGAGCGGCAGAGACGGAAAAGAGCAACAGAAGAGGUGAAGAUAAAAGAGGAACCUCAGGAGAUCGAACUGCAGAAGGAGAAGUCUGCCAGCCUUGAUGGGCAGCACAUUCGAGCCCAAAGUUUGGAGCAUCAGAAGGAGGAACAAAAGGAGCACGAGGGGAGUAAAAACUCCCUGUCUCUGCUCUACAAGCAGCCGAGCUGUGUUUCAAAGCUGUGCACGCUGAGAGACGGCAGCAAGGAUGUCGGCAAAGAGUCUAUAAAGGCGGAGGAAAAGGAGAGUCCCCACGCGAGGAAAAACGGCAGCCCCUCAAAAACAGGAACAUCUUCUUCCCACGUUCCAAAUGCCCCCGAGUCAGCGGCAACUCCCUCCACUAACGACCCCACAAAUAUCCCCCCUCCAGCUUCAACCUUCUUAUCUUUCCCCAACCUGCCAGCUCCUCGCGAUAGCCCGGGAAACACUCCUCCAACCUCGUCCCCGGCUCCGUCUCCACACUUCUCCUUCCAGGCCAACGAUCAGCUGCUCAGAGUCCUGACAGAGAGGAGCGGACACUGGUUCAGUCUGCUCCCUCGCAACCCGUGCGACCUCUCCUCCCUCACCACCACUCCACCAGGAGUGCCUCGUGGGUCUCCUCAGGCGUCCUCAACCCCGGGCAGGCCAAGGUCUCCGCCGCCGUCGCCGGCUCUCCCCCUCACUCCGUCUGCUGCCUCCGCCUCUGCCAGUCCUCACCAUCCAGCUGGCCUCCUCAACUACCCACUGUCUGCUCUGCAGGUGAAGUCCGGUGGCUCAUUGUUAGGCAUUUCUUUUGGAAGCUGGCCCAGUGGCAUGAUAAGUCCCAGCAUGCCUCUAUCAAGCAGCCCCAGCCCCAUGCCAGGCCACUCUGCAGAGGGCAACACAGCUGCCAGCAUCUCCAGCACCAGUGAAUCUCCCGUACCUCGGGUCGAGAAAAACUUGGCUUUGGAGAUGCCGAAGUCCCUCGACCACCUCACGCCGCGGCCUAUUCCUGAAGACAUGCUGACGGGCUGGUGGCGUGUGUCGGACAUCGAGCAGCUGAGAUCACUGGUCGGAGCCCUCCACAGCCGCGGAAUCCGAGAGCGCUGCCUCCACAGGCAGAUGCAGAAAUAUUUGGAGAUCAUCCCGCAGGUCUGCACCAAACACAAAGAUGUGGCCAUGAUUGAACUACGUGAGCUGGAGGAGAGCCAGGUCAGCGUGGAGUCUGUGCGGGGCUGGUGUGUGGAGGAACAAGCCAUGGAGAUGGACAUUGCUGUGUUGCAGCAGGUGGAGGAGCUGGAGAGGAAGGUCACUGCAGCCAGCCUGCAGGUCAAGGGUUGGACGUAUCCAGACCCCCAGUCAGAGCGGGAGGACCUGGUGUACUAUGAGCACAAACCCCCCACUAAACCCACAGCAGCGUCAACAAGCGCUGGGGACAAAGACUCAAGGGACUCCAAGGAGCAUCCAGAGGAUCGUGGAGAAAAGGGUGGGGUGAUUCGUCACCCUGACAACCCACUGGACAUAGCAGUGACCCGUCUGGCUGAUCUGGAGCGCAACAUCGAGAGAAGGUACCUGAGGAGCCCCUUAGGUACCACCAUUCAGAUCAGACUGGAUAAUGUGGGUACGGUCACUGUCCCUGCCCCCGCCCCAUCCACUAGUGCUGACAGGGAAGGCGGUGAGGAAGAGGUGGCGCACGGGAUGAAGGUGUGGAGGAAGGCCCUGAGCGAGGUGCGCAGUGCUGCUCAGCUGGCCAUGUGCAUCCAGCAGCUGCAGAAAUCCAUCGCCUGGGAGAGAUCUAUUAUGAAAGUGUACUGUCAGAUGUGCAAAAAGGGAGAUAAUGAAGACCUGCUCCUCUUGUGUGACGGCUGUGACAAAGGCUGCCACACUUACUGUCACAAACCCAAGAUCACCAGCAUCCCAGAAGGAGACUGGUACUGCCCAGCCUGCAUAUCCAAGGCAAGCGGCCCAUCCCCCAAGAGCAAAAAGCCUCCAUCCAAACCGCUCCCGCCCAGCGGAGGAGGGGGCAAGAAAGGCGGGGAGGCAAAGAAAAACGUCAAGCAAGCUGGCAAUGGUGAGGUGUCCGAAGACGAUUCGGCAAGCGUUAGCAGCACGCCCAAGAAAGGAGCGAAAGACACUAACAGGAAGAGGAAGACAGAGGAGACUUCACCGGCGCUGAUGCUGGUCAGUCAGGAGAGCUCUGUGUGUGUGAAACGCGCCAAGACGGCGAGAGACAACAACAGAGACCUGGGAUUAUGCAGAGUACUUCUCGCCGAGUUGGAGCGACAUCAGGAUGCAUGGCCUUUCCUCACACCUGUGAACCUGAAAUCGGUCCCCGGCUACAAAAAAAUCAUCAAGAAACCCAUGGACUUCUCCACCAUACGUGAGAAGCUUGUGAGCAGCCAGUAUCAGAACCUGGAGACUUUCAUCAUUGAUGUCAACCUGGUCUUUGAUAACUGUGAAAAAUUCAAUGAAGACAAUUCCGACAUUGGUCGAGCUGGUCAUAACAUGAGGAAGUUCUUUGAGAAGCGCUGGACUGAGCUUCUGAAACAAACAAACUAAAACUCUGUCCAUACCCCCCCAUCCCGUGAGCUCAUUCACCUUUUUUCAUAUUGGAGCACCAGGUUUUACUUUAGUUUUCGGAUGGAUUCCUGGCUUUGCAGGUUGGAGGAAGUCAACUCUUUAAUAAGGAACCUACGAGAGAUGUCACCUUGGAAAAAAAAAAUACAAACAAACAAAAAAAAAGAAAGUUGUUACAUGAGGUGCGCUGGAUUUAUUACAACAGGGAUAAAAGCCCCAAAGAGUCCCAGAGAGAAGGGGUGUCCGAGUGCAAUACCAUUCCCUGUCUCAGAACACUGCACUGAAUAAAUCCUCAAAAUGUCUCUGAUGUAUCUGCGCUAAAAUACUUUCCACUACUUGUAAAUAGUCUUUUGUUAUUUAAUCGUAUUAUAGUGAAUGUAUUUAAUUUUGUACAAUUAUUUAUGAAUCAAGGUCCACUUCAUUUUCUAUGAAAAGGAGGAAUCAUCUGAACUGCUUUGAAUUAAAAAAAGGAAUGUGUCUCUGUGUUAUAAUUCUUCUCCCAAAUAUCAAACAAAGCCAAGAAAAAAAAAAAAAAGAAAAAAAACUGUUUACACUGUUCAGUGCUUCAGGCAUCAGAGGACUGUAUUCAUUUGUUCAUACUACAAAACUUCAUUUAUUUGCAGGAACAGCAGAGAAACAGACAAUAGUGAUUUGUGUGUAUAUACUGUUUAUUAAUGUCAAUAUCAUGUCUUGUUUGGAACGAUGUGUACAAAUUGUUUAAGAAUAUUAAGAUAUUGUUUAUGCCUUAGAAUGAUUGUAGCAUUCUAUUUUAGUGAACGUGAUGGAAAAAACCUUAUCAUAAAUAUUGGUUGUACAGUAUAUUCAUAUCCUCUGCAAACACUGUGGUAUCCUUAAUCUUGGUAGUGCCUACCCUUCCAACAGGGGCGUGUAGAGGAUGUUCUUGUUUUGGUUUGUUAUUUUUAGUUUUCAUUUUUCUGGUAAUUAUUUUUUUUAUAUGAUUUCAAUCCAACAAGGCCUCCAAAGCUGGACAGUGGCACAGAAAUCAUUCCUCAGAGAAAAAAAAGAAAGGAACAAGCAUUGCUCUUUGCUUCCAUAAUGCAUUUCCUCAUGAUCUGCCACAAUACAGAGGACCUAAGGCCAAUUGUAACCACUGUGUUGAACCUUGCUGUGUGUUGUGGCCUGAUGGAGGCAGCUAGAUUUUUUUGUACCCAAGUAAAAAGUACUUGAAGUUACUUUAUUUAAGAUAUUGUGGAAUAAAAGUAUCAUUCUUUUGUAGGAGCUUUAUUUUUCACUAGUGUGUGGCACGGACCUAUUAAAAGGAUGUUUUCCAAUGUAA